AUGGUUACAACGCAUCUCAAGUACCAGCCGAAUGGCACGGAUGGCUUCAUUUUUAUCACUGAUCACACUGGCGACGAGCUGUUGAGUCAAAAACCAGAGAGUUAUGCGAUUGGGCAUAGAGAGAACUUCUCUGGAGAAGGUGAUGCAUACAUUUACCAUUCUAAAAGACAUACCUUGAACCCGGGGCAAAAGAUCUGGACUCGGUACCAACCAUGGGUUCCCACCAAAACCAAGUAA